UAAAAAACAAAAGCGGUUUGUUAAACUCCAUAUAUCAAUCAGUCAAUAAUUUCAACGGAUCGAGAGCGUACCCGCUUCAAUAGUCCUUCUUUUCCGAUGAACACAUUGUAGAUUGAUCAAGAAAUAUGUAUUUACUCCAGUGCAAACCGUAAAAUGGUUAAAUCAUUUACCUGGAUAUGGUCGGUCCUGCUAGUUUUUGGCUUGGAUUUGAUUAAAAGUACCUUUGGAUAUGGAUUGGGCAACUGUCCAAAAAUUGACUAUAUCAAACAUUUUAACGUAACCAGAUUUGCAGGACACUGGUAUGAAAUAGAAAGAUCAUUUUACCUUAUGGAACUCAUAUCUAGCUGUGUAAGUGUUGAUCUCGAAGUUAAUAGUAAAGGACAAUUAGAUGUUAGUGUUGUUUCAAAAAGUUUAGUAUCCGGGACAUACUCGAUAAGUGAAGGAGUUGCUACUCCAUCCAGGAAAGAUCCAAGCAUCUUAUUAUACAGAGUAAGCAGUAAGCUUCCCCGAUUUAUAAGUCGUUAUCUACCUGGAGCAGGAUUUUAUCAAGUUCUGGAUACUGAUUACAACGACUACGCGGUAUUAUAUUCUUGCACUGAUUUUCAAAUAAUUCAUAUGGAUUUAGUUUGGAUUUGGGCUCGGAAAAAGGACAUAUGUGUAAAAGUUCGAGCAAAAAUAUACGAAAUGUUAACGUCAUAUGAAAUAGAUCCAGAAAGACUUACUUUACCAAAAAAUGUAAACUGUGCUCAUGAUUAUUAAAUAAUCAUCUUUAUUA